UCAGAAAUACGGUGGUGUUUUGCCGAAGCAGCUGCUGUCAGUAAACCGUUGGAACUGUGCCAAAUGCCGCUUAUGUUUGUGUAAGAGUAUUGCACGCUGCGGGAGAUAAGUAUUGAAGUAGCAGUAAGUAAACUGUCAUGAAUAUGAUAGUAAGGACUGUUGCGAUGUUCUCAACAAAAACGAAACAAUCGCGAAUGAAACUGAAUGAGAGCGACUUCAGAUGCUUACAGACAAAAGUAGCUGAAUAGUCAUUCGUUUUGAAAGAGCCAGCUGAAGAACGAGUUUAUCGCAGCCUUGAACCUGGAGGCAUACCGAAGAAAGUAACAACUCAAAAUGCUCGCUGCUGGACGUGUGCUUCGAAAUGGCUUCUGUCAGACAACUUUUCGAAAAUAUUCUACGAAAUUUAAUCAGCCUAUGUCGGCCAAUGUCAUGCCAAGGCCUGGUGGAAUUGCAACUUUCAUGAGAUUACCAUAUCAGACGACAGCAGAUGGUUUAGAUGUGGGAAUCAUAGGAAUUCCGAUGGACAUUGGAACAUCAAAUCGACCUGGUACUCGCUUUGGUCCUCGACAAAUAAGAACCGAAUCAUCUCUUUUAAGACCCUGCAAUUCUAGUACAGGUGAUCAACCUUUCUCCUUUUUACAAAUUGCUGAUUUAGGAGAUAUACCGUACACAAUGUAUGAUAUUCGUGAAGCUAUCAAGGAUAUAAAAAAUUUCAUAUCAAAAGUUUUAGAGAAAAACUGCACACCAGUGACAUUAGGUGGCGAUCAUACUAUUACCUAUCCUAUUUUACAAGCCAUGAAGGAAAAAUACGGUCCUGUUGGAUUGGUUCAUGUGGAUGCCCAUGCUGACGUAAGUGACACAAUGAUGGAUUGCAAAAUAGCGCAUGGAACUCCUUUCAGACGAGCGUUCGAAGAAGGAGCCUUAGAUUCAAAGAGAGUUGUGCAAAUAGGUCUGAGAGGAACAUGUUACACACCAGAAGAUUAUCAAUGGAGCAGAGAUCAGGGUUUUCGGUUAGUAUUAGCUGAUGAAUGUUGGUACACAUCUCUAACUCCAUUAAUGGCUGAGAUACGAAAACAAAUGGGAAGUGGUCCCGUUUACGUCAGCCUUGAUAUUGAUGCGCUAGAUCCCUGCUUUGCUCCUGGAACAGGUACGCCUGAAAUAGGAGGAUUGACAACAAUUCAAAUGAUGGAAAUAAUAAGAGGGUUGAAAGGAGUCAACAUUGUAGGAGGGGAUUUAGUAGAAGUCUCCCCACCAUAUGAUCCAAGUGGGAAUACCGCUCUGACUGCUGCAAACAUGGUGUUUGAACUUCUGUGCACUUUAUCAAAAAAUAGAUAAGAUAUUUUGAAGAGACAUCUUAUAUAAAGCAGAGGAAGGUAAAGAAAAAUUAAGAUAAGGAAUAUUUUUCAAGAAAUGGGAAACGAUCGAGAAUUUCCCUUCAUGAGCAGGAAUUCAAUUUACCAAUUAUGUGGGAAACGCAAUCGUUCGUCUGUUUCCGGGAAAAAGUCUAUCUAUAAUAAAAAGAAAUUUAAUCUGAAA